AUGGAUGCCUUUGUACAGCGGCUACCACGCCCGAGAUCACAGCCUUCCUCGAGAUCUCCCACGAGACCGCCGCUCGGCGAGGAGAAGCCUGCAAAGAAGCUCAAGGUCGAGAUCAAGGACAGCGAUUGUAAUGAUGACGAUGAUGAGAGCAAGUUUGAAGACGAUGAGGCUGACACCUCUGGCCUGACCGUCAAUGAUGUUUCUGACGUAGACGACGAAGUCAAGCACUAUCCUCGGCAGACUGACAUCGAGAGCACUUUGCCACCCAUCCAGUUGGACAAAGAAGCAAUCGAGGAAUACGAGUUGAUGAGUUCUCAAGUCAGCGUUCCUGAAGAUGAACCAGCAGCUGCGCCUAAGCAAAAAUGGGUGAGGGGCAAGAGCUCCAUCUACGUGGAUGCUUUCAACCUCGCAUUGGACACUGUCUUGGCAGAUGAAUCCCAUUUAUUUGACGCCAAGGAAUGCAACAUAUUCGAGCAAUGGAAGUCGCUGGGUUACGAGGCUCAGUACCUUUAUGUGCGCUUGUUCUUGCGUAAGACUUCCGCAUGGCACCGUCAAGACCGGUUGGGGUACUAUAGCGAUGUUUCGGAUCCUGAAGCCGCCAUCGCGUCUCUGCAGAAAGUUAGAGAUCUUCCUGAGCCAGACGCUCCCGCAAGCAGCAAUCCUGUCGAAGGCGUUGAUCUGGAAGAGUUUAGCUUAGGAGACACAUUCACUUUUGCCGAUGCUUCUGAGGAACACAUAACGGCCAUCGAGGAGGCAGCCUCGCUGCUAAGCCUAGACGAGCUGAAAGAUCUCGCCAAAGAGGCCAAAUUCCAAGGACGCAACAAAGCGGACUUGGUGAAAGCGCUAUGCCGAACGGGCUAUCAACAGACCGGUCUCUUCGCCCAUGGGCUACAACGUUCUGGCAGCGGCGAGUCCCAGACUGCUCGAGGUCUGAUGCGAGACCGCCACGACACUCCACCGCACCUCAGCAGACAGGACUCGAAUCAGACACGACACUUUCUGGAGAAGAUCAGGAUCAUUACGGGCCCUUGCAUUAGACUAUCGCCGCUAACGUACAAACUCUUCGAAAGGGUGCACUUAGUCUUCUAUCGGUCGACAGAAUGGACUGAGAAGUCUCUAACGGCUAUCAUUCUUGCUAGCAUUGCACGCCGGAAUUACCCAGAGUACAUCGUCUGCCGAAGUACGAACAUUUUCGCUUCCCGGAGACACGUUCUCGAGUUUGAGUCAGCAGUUCGCGUCGAGGCCGAGGUCGACCAGGUCCUGGAGUUCAAUGGCUCUCCGGGUGAGGCAGGUCUUCGCAAGGUCGUAGAUGUCUUCGAUCGCGUCUACCCUCGGUGGAAAACACUUUUGAGUGAGGAGCAGGACAAGGAGAAGCGAGUAUAUGAAGAGGGCGAGGGCGCUUACUUGAGAAGAUUUACGCCUGUCCAUUCCUACACUCGCAUUGUCCACAAGGCAGCAUACGUGUUUGGAAAGCUGAAAGAUCACGAACGUGAACAUUCUAUUCUCACCGAACUUCUCGAGCAGCACCUAUUCCACCCUGCCAGGCGAGGCAGCUGGUACCAACGAAAAGCCCUCUUGGAAGAACACUACAUGUAUGCACUAGAUGCCAACGCAGUGUCUACCGAUCCAGAAGUCCAGAAGAAGCAUUGGAAACGAAUUGCUGCGACAACUUGCGAGACAGCGCUAGAGGACAAUGAAUGUCAUUUGAUCUACCAUUACGAUUUGCAGAAACGUCUCCUCAAGCUCGAAAAACAGCUCCGCAUUCCACGACGACUUCAGCACGACUUCGGCCACGUUCGUCUCCAAAAGCCAAUAGAGCAUACUGUCGAAGGCAUCCAGGUGAUCAAAGAGGAUCGCCAAGGCAGGAAUGGCCGACAAGCAAGCACGAAGACGAUUUGGGUUGACGAGCUAGAGGAAGGCGGCGAGUGUAGCGUUGAAGAGAUGUGCCUAAGUUGGUACCGAAGCCAGGGCUACAAAGGAUACCACGCCGAGGGAGGCAUCGUACGCACCCUUUUCGCCUAUCUCUUCUACGACAUUCUGUUCCUUUACAUCCCAAAUGUGUUUCAGACAGCUUAUCAGACAUGCCCCUUGGACCUGCACACGGAUUCGUUCUAUCCGACGCGGCUGUCCGAGAUUAAUCACCGACUAGUCGAGAUAGGCAACGGCGGUGCGGAAAGCAUCAUCCGCGAGGUCGAUGCCAGAGAACGCGAACGAAGAACGUGUGUUAUCGGCCUCAAUUGGGACUACGACGUUGAGGAUCUUGUGGAGCUGGUUGGGUGCUUCGAUGGUAGCGCACUGGCCGCUCUCUGCAAGGUGAUGGCACAGGAGUACCGACAGCGGGGCGGAGGCCUGCCAGACCUCAUCCUCUGGCGGACUGAGCCGAAAAAGGAAUGUAUGUUCGCUGAGGUCAAAAGUGCCAAUGACCGUCUCAGUGACACUCAGAGACUAUGGAUCCACGUUCUUACGGGUGCAGGUGUGAAGGUAAUACUUUGCAACGCCGUGGCCAAGGAAGUCAAAGCUGUGGACUGA